CUGGGGUCUGGCUGAGUCAUUAGACCGUAGAGCCCUGCCCCGCGCACCGCGCAGGCGGCAGGGACGAUCCCGCGCCCCACGAAAGACACUGUUGCUGCCUGAUGGCUCUGCCGUCUGUCACCCCGCGGCGGCUGGGACAGCGAGUGCCCCGCGACAGCACGGGGCAGCUGGGACAGAGCACACAGGCCGCCUCGAGCACCCGGGCAGGGCGCGCCCCCGGUCCCAGGCCUCGGCUGCGGGGAGCCUUGGUUCUCAUCUUCGUCGUCCCGGGUGUCCUUCUGUCGACUGCGGCUGCUUCAGCCAUGCACAUAAGGCAGGAAAAAUUUCACCAGCAAUUAGCUGCCCCACAGAGAUGGAAACGCAGCCGCUCAGAGAAGUUGUGUGCACCAGGGUUCCAUAUGGAGGAAGCCAGCGGAGAUUGUACACCGUGCACGGAUAAGGUGGAUUACACCAAUUAUUCAAACACCCUCUCUUCUUGCUUACUCUGUAGGAUUUGCAAAUCAGGGGAAGAAGAGAAAAGUCCGUGCACCUCAACCAAGGACACUGAGUGUCAGUGCAAACCUGGCACUUUCCGUAGAGAAGAUGCACCUGAAUUCUGCUACAAGUGCAGCACCCGGUGCCCUGAUGGGAUGGUCGUGGCCACGCCCUGUAGCCCCUUCAGUGACCUCAAAUGUGUGGACCGAAAAUCAGGUACCCAGGCCAGUGGGGAGGCCCUGGUUCCUGGAAAGACAGUGACCAUGAGCCGGAGACUGCCCACCACUCCCUCUCCCUCUUCAGGCGCUUCACAGCUGGUGAUCGGAAUUGUAGCUGCCAGUGUCCUCCUGCUGCUGGUGCUGAUCGCGUAUGUUUUCCGGAGGUUCUUCAUUCAAGGUCGUGCUGUGGACCCUAAGUGCAUGGACAAAGUCCUCUUCUGGCGCUCACAUCCCUUAAGAGGUCCUGGGGCUCUGGACAAUGCCCACAACAACAUGCUGAUCAACAGAGAUUCGCUGACUGAUCUGGUCCCUGAGCAGGAGGUAGAAGAGCAGGUGAAGCCGACAGAUGUCACGGCCCAGUCCCAGGGGGAAGCAAAGCGUCUGCUGGAACCAGCAGGAGCUGAAGGGUCUCACACGAGAGGAAGGCUGCUGGUUCCAGCAAACGGUGCAGACCCCACUGAAAACCUGAGGCUGUUCUUUGAUGACUUUGCAACCAUCGUGCCGUGUGACUCCUGGGAUUCGCUCAUGAGGAAGUUGGGCCUCACGCAAAAUGAGAUCCUUCUGGUCAGAGAAGGGGUCCGGGUCCCUCGGGAUGCCUUGUAUGAAAUGCUAGAGGCCUGGGUCAGCAACAAGGGACGGGAGGCCUCAGUCAACACCCUGCUGGACGCCUUGGAAAAGCUGGGGCAAAGAUUGGCAAAGCAGAAUAUUCAGGACCACCUACUGAACUCGGGAAAGUAGGAGUUUACAAGUGAGCAGAGAGUGAGAAGUGGCAUCCGUGUGCAGCCCUGUAUCUGGCGUCCGUGAACUGUGCUGUCAUGCCUGGGCCUCCUCCUGCUUAUCUGAAUUGGCUAUAUAAAGGAUCUCAGCAGCUUUGGAAGCUUUGGCCUUCUGCAGAAGAGACUCACACAAAAAUAGCAGUUCUUAAAUACUGUGAGAAUUGACCUAAAAUGGCUGCUAUAUUAAGGUUUGGUCCUUUUAUUGCUUUUUAAAAAAAUCUUUCUUCCAUUAAACCCUUCUCCAUAGUGUUCCAACUGCUGCAGGAUAAUUUAAUGGCGGAAACAAUUCUCAGGGGUUUUUGGUCUAUUCCAUCUCAAAGCUUUGUGUGUUGUCUUCCCUAAGGUUGAUGUGGCUAAUGUGGCCAAAACUGGAAUUGCCUGAAAUUUAGGCACAUCAGGAUAUAGCGUGUGGAGUCCACUUGAGUUUACAGAAGGGCCGACCCCUGUGGUCUUGGUGCUAUAUGCCCCUGGCCCUGAUGUCCCUCCCUUUCCUGGAAGUCAGGUGUUUCCUGCCUUUGCUGUUCCCUCUGUGCAGGACACUUUGCCUUCAUCUUCAGAGGGAAAUAUAAAUGAAUUCUUGUCAAUUAAGUGUUGGGUCACUUGUCCCUUUCUCAGAAGACUCCCUUGAGUGCCCAUCUAAAGUAUUAGCCUUGCCAGUGUUUGUCAGCUAUAUUCACUUGUUCACAUGUUUACAGUGUGUUUUACCAAUGAGAAUCUUUAAGAAACACGAACUUGCAUGCUAUAUUGCUUUAUGCCAGUGCAAAUAUGAUACUUGUGAAGUUUUACUUGAAAAUUGGAUGUCUGCUCAAGUCCCUUCUCAAUGAGAGGACCCCUUCUUGAAGAUUUUCUUAGAAACGUCAAACAAUACAAGAAAGAUCAUUAGGUACAAAAUACUCAUGUGUUUAUGAAUUCGUGACCAAAUUAAAUAUGCAAUGUUAUAUUAAAAAUUUUAUAAUUUUAUAAAAUAUGCAAUUUUAUGAACUCGUAAACAAA